UCGGUGUACAGUUUUUGUAGUUUGCAGACAAAAUGGCGUUAAGUUUACUUCGAGCCUCUCGGGGGCUGCAGCGUUUUGCCACCAGGCCCCAGCUAGUGACUUUACAACACCAGCCACCUUUAGCUAUCCUGUCACGCCAUUCAGCACAUAACCUUACGGAAAAAAGUGAUCCAUCGGCGGUCUAUGAUCCCAGUGGUGAAAUGGACCAUGACAUUGUGAGCAAGUGGAAAAUUGAGCGCCUGUUUGCAGGCUCCAUGAUAGCAGUACUGCCGGCAGCCUUUGUCAUAGAGCACCCCAUCAUGAAUUACUUAGUGGCAACAGCUUUUAUUGUCCAUGGUCAUUGGGGUCUAGAGGGUGUAUUUACAGACUACAUCCAUGGUUACCCCUCAGAGACAGGAAGGAGGCGCUAUCCUUGGGUGAAGUCGGCAAGGAUGGUGGUGUUGUACAUUUUGACUACGACUUCACUGGCAGGUCUGUUUUACUUCAAUUAUAAUGAUGUGGGACUUCAGAAGGCAGUUAAAAUGCUAUGGGAGGUGUAGAUGUCUUUAUUACAGAUUGUACAAGACGGUGAAUAGACUUCAAAUUGAUGUUUUUAUUUUGAAAAACAUAAAUGCUAUAAUGAAUACAGUUAAUAUGUUGUGCAGAAAUGAAAAUGACAGGAUACUUUGGCAGGAAAAGGAGUGCUUGCAUGGUAAAACUUGAGAAGUUUUUAUGACCUGUCUUGAAAUAUUUUCUGCCAUCUUGAAGAGGAAUAGAAGCAGCACACAUUUGGAAAAAGUUACAAGUCUCUCAGAAUAUAGAUUUAAUACUCGUAGUCAUUGUGAAAAGGCCUCUAAAACAGAUUAGAGAAUUCAUGGCAGUUUUUUCUAAUUGCUUGCUUGUGGUCUUGAUAGAACUGAAAGUGACAGGCAUAUAUUUUCCAUUCAUGUGACAGUGUAUGUAUUGCAGUUUGAAUUUCAUUAUAAUGGUGAAAGUAAUCUAAUCCUAUCAGUUGAUAACAAUAUCUUAAGGUAAAUGUUGCUGAUUUGAUAUGUUUAUCUGCAGCUUAAGUCACUAUACCAACUGCAAUUUAUUUAUAGACAAAUGAGGAGUGUUAACAAGAAAACCAAACACAGAAACAACUGAAAUAUUUUCCAAAAUGACUGAAAAGUAUUUGGGAUAUUAAGAUAUUAUAUAAAAUCCUAGGAUGGUAGUUGAAAAAUCUCCAGACUCAUUUAAAAUGUGUUUCAAAGCAUCAUGCAUCAGGUUUAAUAAUAA